UUCCUCUUUUUCACCAAGUCACACAGAUGCGCACAGCACACAAACUUCCUUGUCCGAGCCCAGUGCGCUGCGCUCCGUCGCCCCGUCCGCAUCUUCAGCCUGACCCAAAGAGACAACAAAGCAAAAAGUACAGUUCAGAAAUGGAACCUACGGAAAAGAAAUGAGGAUUAUUCUGUAGUCGGUCAAUAGAAUCUGUAGAAGAACACAUAGACAACCUCAGAAGCACUAGUCGAAGAGCGAAGGCACCAUGGGCUGCGUGGGCUCCAAGAAGGAGCAGGAGCCUCUCAGCAAAGGGAUGGGCAACGACGACCUGCAGAACCGUGCGCAGACAGCCCACUACGUCAAAGACCCCACCGCAGGAAACUCCAUGAACAAAGCUAGCAAAAUGCCAUCCAACGCUACAGAUGGAGAGAAUAUUGUCAUAGCCCUGUUCGACUAUGAAGCCAUUCACGAUGGCGACCUUGGCUUCAGGAAGGGAGAUAAACUCAAAAUCUUAGAGGAAUCGGGGGAGUGGUGGAGAGCCAAGUCAAUCAGUUCUGGUCAGGAAGGCUUCAUCCCCAGUAAUUAUGUGGCCAAAGAUACUCUGGAGGCAGAGGAGUGGUUCUUUAAGGGCGUGAGCAGGAAAGAUGCUGAGAGGCAGCUGCUGGCCCCUGGCAACAAAUUGGGAUCCUACAUGAUCCGAGACAGCGAGACCACCCAGGGCAGCUACUCCCUGUCUGUCAGGGACAUUGAUCCUCAGUCCGGAGACACUGUCAAACAUUAUAAGAUCCGUACGCUGGACAACGGAGGCUUCUACAUCUCUCCCCGCAACACCUUCAGCACCCUGCUGGAGCUGGUCAACCAUUACAAGAAGCAAGGAGAUGGCCUCUGCCAAACACUGACCAACCCGUGCUUGAGCGCCAAACCCGAGAAGCCGUGGGAGAAAGAUGCCUGGGAAAUCCCGAGGUCAUCCCUCAAACUGGAAAGGAAGCUUGGUGCUGGCCAGUUUGGAGAAGUCUGGAUGGCUACAUACAAUAAGCACACCAAAGUAGCAGUAAAGACCAUGAAGCCUGGCAGCAUGUCAGUGGAAGCCUUCAUGGGCGAGGCCAACCUGAUGAAGAGUCUACAGCAUGACAAACUGGUACGACUCAAUGCCGUGGUCAGCAAGGAGGAGCCUAUCUAUAUCAUCACAGAGUUCAUGGAGAAAGGUAGUUUAUUAGACUUCUUAAAGAGUGAUGAGGGCAACCGUGUCCAGCUGCCCAAACUCAUCGACUUCUCGGCCCAGAUUGCAGAGGGCAUGGCCUACAUUGAGCAGAGGAACUACAUCCACAGAGACCUGAGAGCUGCCAACAUCCUGGUCAACAAGGCUUUAGUGUGCAAAAUUGCUGACUUUGGCCUCGCUCGCAUCAUUGAAGACAACGAGUACACAGCCAGGGAAGGAGCCAAAUUCCCCAUCAAAUGGACAGCCCCUGAGGCCAUCAACUACGGCUCUUUCACCAUCAAAUCUGAUGUCUGGUCCUUUGGCAUCUUGCUGACUGAGAUUAUCAGCUAUGGGCGCACACCAUACCCAGGCAUGACUAACCCAGAAGUGAUCCGUUCCCUGGAGAAGGGCUACCGAAUGCAGCGCCUGGACAGCUGUCCCACCGAACUCUAUGAAAUCAUGCUGGAGUGCUGGAAGAACAAGCCUGAGGACCGUCCCACCUUUGAUUACCUGCAGAGUGUCCUGGAGGAUUUCUACACAGCCACAGAGAGCCAGUAUCAGCAGCAGCCAUGAGACUUAGCAUCCACUGAUGGGUUUUCUCUUAUAGUACUAUUCCAUUCAUACUCAACAACAAGUCAAGGUUAUACUGUAUGUGCAGCAAUGCAAUUCAGACCCCAAACAUAAACGUGUACACACACACACACACACACACACACACACACACACACACGUGGGCUCUCUGCCUGUCUCCCUUUCUCUUUCUCAUUCAUACACACAUAAUGUAUUUCUAACGAGGGACUGUUCAAACAUUAUUGAGGAGGGUUGAUACUUUAUUGACUAUAUUUUUUAUGAAGCUAUGCAUCACUGUUCCUGAGGUUUUUUUUGUAGUUUUUUUUGUAGGCCCUCUGUCCUUUGAAUGAGAACAUAAUAAAGUAAUAUCACCACAAAUGAGAGACGCAACAUAUAAAAACAAUAUAAAGAACAACUGUUAUAAUUGCUAUUAAAUAAAAUAAAAUAUGACAACUCAAUCCUACCUCAUACUUAGGUGAGGCACACAGCACAACAUAGCGCAUGACCACAGCUGCAUCAAGUGGAUAUUCAUCUUCACAAAACUGACCCUAAAUCAUGUGGAUGCACACCAGCAACAGUCUUGUAAAUCACAUUGACAUAUACAGUAGUGACCAGAGCAUAAUAUGUGCAGACAGAUACUGUAUGUGUUAGUUUUGUCUGCAGCUGCCGGUACAUAUCAUGCGGAUCACUAUAUUUCGAAAAACAUCUGCAAAUCUUAUCUAAUCUGCAUGUGACCUAAGAUGCAUAUCACUCUCUAGGGAUAGAUACUGGUGACGGGCCAUUUUCAUUACUGAGCUUUGGAGGAAAGGUGUGGGUGUGGGCUCUUCUCUACAUAAACAAGUGAAAAUAGCAUGUCUUGGUUUGGAUAGGCCUCGCUGAUGCACAGGGUAUUUCUAACAAAUUUUCAAGGGAAGUCUGAAGGGAAACAGGCCCUCCACUGUGCUGUAAAAAACAUUCAGACUACUUUUUUUUUCAAAAAAAUAAGAAAAGAUAAAUAGCUAUCCCCCUGUUCUGCCCUCACUCCUUAUAUAAUGUUUGUACAGUCCCUAACAUUCAAACGUUUGUUUGUUUUACACAACAUGCGGAGUAUGCAGGAGGUCGUACAAAGAUACAUGGCAAUAUUCACCAACAAACAAGGCCACCUGGAAGCAG